AUGCCUCUGAGCCCCGCCGGCAGCCAGCAUGAGAGCCCGGACUCGCCGCCGCCGGAGCCGCUGCCGGAGCGCCAGCCCCGCGCCGCCGCCGCCGGGGAGCCGAGCGCCGGCCUGCGGGAGGAGACGCGGCUCGACCCGGCCCGGGGCCCCGCCGGGCCCCGCUCCCCCAAGCUGGCGGCCCCGGCGCGCAUGGAGGAGCCCGCGCCCGGCGCCAUCGUCGUCCGCAUCGGCAUCCCCGACCUGCAGCAGACGAAGUGUCUCCGGCUGAAUCCCGACGUUCCCGUGUGGGUGUCCAAGCAGCGCAUCCUGUGCACCCUGAACCACAGCCUGAAGGAUGUGCUCAACUACGGGCUCUUCCAGCCGGCCUUCAACGGCAGGGCCGGCAAGUUCCUGGACGAGGAGCGGCUGCUGCGGGAGUACCCCCUGAACCCCGACACGCCCGUGCCCUACCUGGAGUUCCGGUACAAGCGCCGUGUGUACACCCAGGCCCUGCUGGAUGACAAGCAGUUUGCCAAGCUCCACACCAAGGCGAACUUGAAGAAGUUCAUGGAGUACGUGCAGAUGUUGAACGCGGAGAAGGUCUGCAGGCUCCUGGAGAAGGGACUGGACCCCAACUUCCAUGAUCCGGAUACUGGAGAGUGUCCCCUGACGGCGGCGGCGCAGCUGGAGCUCAGCUCCGAGAUGAUCAAGGCCCUGCGGAACGGGGGAGCCCACCUGGAUUUCCGGACGCGGGAGGGGAUGACGGCCCUGCACAAGGCCGUGCGCUGCCGCAACCACGCCGCGCUGCUGACGCUGCUGGACCUGGGAGCGUCCCCGGACUACAAGGACAGCCGGGGGCUGACCCCCUUGUACCACAGUGCCAUGGUGGGGGGGGACCCGUACUGCUGCGAGCUCCUGCUGCACGACUACGCCCGGCUCGGCUGCGUGGACGAGAACGGCUGGCAGGAGAUCCACCAGGCGUGUCGCUACGGCCACGUCCAGCACCUGGAGCACCUCCUGUUCUACGGGGCCGACAUGACUGCCCAGAACGCCUCAGGAAACACCGCCCUGCACAUCUGUGCCCUCUACAACCAGGAGAGCUGUGCCCGGGUGCUCCUCUUCCGUGGUGCCAGCAAGGAGAUUCGGAACUACAACAGCCAGACAGCGUUCCAGGUGGCCAUCAUUGCAGGGAACUUCGAGCUGGCCGAGAUCAUCAAAACCCACAAAGAGUCCGAUGUUG